AUGUUAGCAACAACAGCACCAAACUCGUUAGUCAUGAACCCAACAUCUAUGUUAGUAGAGAUGAAAAGCUUCAUUCCUUCUUCAUAUACUUUUGAAACAGAAAUCCAGAAGAUAAAGCAGGAACUUUUAACAAGUACUUUGGACUGUAGUGCGAAAGAUGAAACAAAUGAACAGUAUCUUUAUGAAAUGCAGGACAUUAUUGACCAUUUGCCUAAACUACCUGAAAUCCAACAACAAAAACUCACUAUUCCUGAAUUCGACGAAAUUGAAGUCAAAGCAACUGACUCAGUAGAAAUAAAGAAGUUCAUACGAAAGGUAAACUAUGAAUUCCUUGA